GCGAAGUGUUGGUCAGUAUGUCAUGAGUAGUCUGCAACAAUGUUCCGCUUUUUAAGUAUAAUUUUGUUUGUGUACAGCGUUAGCUGCGAUCAGGUAGUUAUCAACGAUGCUGUCGACCAGCUGCUCGAAUCAGCAAGGGUCCUCGUGAAAGCCAAAGGCCGGGACAAAAUCAAAUUGCCAUCGAUCGAUAAGACGUUCGAAAAAGUUGUUUUCAAAACGGUGAAAAUCAAGGGUGAAUUUCACGCGUCAGGAGGUGUCUUCGAGGAUACGACGUCCCUGGUGAGGAAGGGCGACGUCACGAUGAAAACCGAAGGGAACAAACUGACCCUCGGGGCGAGCCUCGGAUUCAACCGAAUUAACGUCGACUACAGCCACUACAGCUUUAAACUUUUGGCGCUCCACUCCGAAGGUUCGAUUCACGCCUCGUGCGCCAAAAAUGCUGCCACCGUUGUUCUAUCCAUUGUUCACAGUGGUCCGAAUUGCACCGUCGAGUUGCAAAGAGCCCAGAUCGAUUCACUCGGCAGCUUCGACGUCAAGAUGACCGGCCCGGGCGAUAUAAAUAAACUGGGAACAGUGCUUUUUACUUGGGUUCUCAAUCAAUUUGAUCAACUCAUAACAACCGUCAUUAACCUACAGUUGGAACAAACUUUGAGUGAGGCCUUAAGGAAAGUGGACCUUUGUGAAAAAAUUCCGUUUUAAUACUUUAAAGUCAUUUAUUUGCUUUUACUACAAAUUAUCUUCUCUAGUCGAGUAAUUUCACCUGUAAAAAUAUUUCAUAACUAUCAAGGUACAAACCAUUCUGAAUAACAGCAGUUAAAUUUAUAUUGAACUUAUUAAAAUAAAUCUAUCUGAAUAACAAUAA